AUGACGCGCGCGCUCGCGCUCGCGCUCGCGCCGCUCGCGUGCGUCGCCGUCGUCGUGCUCGGUCCGACGAAGCGGUUCGAGCGCUCGGCGCUGGGACGCGCGCAUCGCGCGCUCGGCGACGCCGCGCCGCGCGUCGCGACGGCGCUGGUGACCAUCGCGGUGUGCGACCGAAAACGCGGCGCCGCGGUCGCCAGCGCGUGUUUCGACGCGCUCGAUCGGCCGAAUCCGCUCGGUCAAAUCGUGUAUCUGACGCUCGCGAUCGGUGGUCACGCGAGCUUCGUCGAGGGGGUGGAGAAGCGGCUGUUGGACGGCGGCGACGCGCGCGGGUGGACGGCGGCGACGAGCGCGGCGUUCGCGUUCGCGUGCGCGACGUGGGCGUUGGUGUGCUGCAGCGAGCCCGGAACCAUCACGAGAGAGAACAACGAAGAGUAUUUGAAGGCGUACGCGUACGAUGAAAUCGUGUAUCACAGGAAACGAUGUCGGACGACGGGGAAGGACGCGCCGGCGCGAUCGAAGUGGUGCACGACGACGGAGCGGCGCGUGGCGAGGUUCGAUCACUUCUGCGUGUGGGUGAAUAACACGAUCGGGGCGAAUAAUUUGAGGUGGUUUUUGCUGUUUUUAUUCGCGCAGCUCGUGUUGGUGGGGUACGUGACGUUGGCGUGCGCGCACGCGGUGCGGCGUUCCAUGACGCGCCGAGACUGUUGGUCGUUAAGGUUCCAGCACGAGACGCCCUCGGGCGCGCGCGCGACGCUCGGGAACGACAAGGCGCUGCUUUAUAGAUUUGUGGUGUACCACUACGCCCCCGCGGUGACGCUCGGCGUGUUUUGCGCGCUCGUCUUCGUGCUGUUGUCGGUUUUCUUGGGCUACAACGUGUGGCUCGCCGCGAAAAACGUGACGACGAACGAAACCUUCAAGUGGGAGCUCGUGCGCGAAUCCGUGGAGACGAUGAAGGGCGAGCGCGCGGGCGGAAGCGGCGAUGAACAAAUCGAUUGGGGCGAGAUGACGAGAAAUAAGUACGACGUCGGGAUUUGGGGGAACAUCAAAGAAGUACUGUUCCCGCCCGUGAAAACGCCGAGCGCGUUCGCGCUUCCGUGGGACGCGCUCAAAGCGAAGCGUCCAUAG